AUGUCAAAGCUGUUUCAACCCAUAAGCGACGUCAUCAAAUCCUCCCCCAAGCACAAACCCCAGUCAUUUUCCGAAAUCUACGGCGAGCCCGAAAACUUUCUCGAAGUAGAAGUAGUCAAUCCGCAAACACACGGCUACGGAGCCAACAUGUACACCGACUACGAGAUCAUCUGCAGGACCAACAUCCCCGCGUUCAAGAAGCGCCAUAGUCGCAUCCGUCGCCGAUAUAGCGACUUUACCGCGUUCAAAAAGAUAUUGGAGCAAGAGACUACUCGAGUCAUUAUCCCUAGCUUGCCGGGCAAGAUCUUGUUGAAUAGUAAUAAGUUUAAUGAGUUGAAUAUCGAGAAGCGGAGACAGGGGUUGGAAAAGUUCUUGACUAUUGUCAGCGGGCAUCCGUUGUUGCAGACGGGCAGCAAGAGCUUGAUUGAGUUUAUCCAGAAUGAGAGGUGGGACCCGAAACUGAUGUUGUAUUGA